CUCAGUAGAAAAUCGGACCACACUUUUCUUGUUUUACUGCUGAAAAUAACCGAAUUUCGCCAAAAUGAAAGAUGUUAGCGGGUAUCUCAAGCAACAACAGAGCUGCAGCCUACCGGAGAUGGCAGCGGAGUGGCACGGCCUGGAGGAACUUUAUAACAAGAGGUUGUGGCACCAGCUCACACUGAAGCUCACAGACUUUGUGAAAGACCCUUGUUUUCAAACCGGAGAUGGACUUAUACAGCUCUACGACAAUUUCCUCAGUGACUUUGAACACAGGAUAAACCCUUUGUCUUUGGUCGAGAUCAUUUUGUUUGUGGCUCGUCAGAUGACAGAUCCUAAAGAUGCCAUUACGUUUCUAGAGAAAACCAAGGAAAAAGUAAAAAGCAGCGACGAGGCAGUGGUUCUGUGUAAGACGUCGAUUGGGAGUCUCAAACUGGAGAUCAGCGACCUCCCAGCCACAAAGAAGAUCAUUGAGGAGGUGGAGGAGACUCUGAAUAACCUUCCCGGAGUGACGUCUGUCCACGGGCGCUUCUAUGACCUCUCCAGUAAAUACCACCGCAUCAUGGGCAACCACGCCAGCUACUACAAGGACGCGCUGAGGUACCUGGGCUGUGUGGACAUCAAGGACCUGCCAGAUUCAGAGAAACAGGAGCGAGCGUUCACUCUGGGUUUGGCUGGACUUUUGGGCGAAGGCGUUUAUAACUUUGGAGAACUGCUGCAGCACCCGGUCCUGGAGUCUCUGAGGAACACGGACAAACAGUGGCUCAUCGACACGCUCUUCGCCUUCAACGCCGGGAACGUGGAGAAGUUCCAGGGAUACAAGUCUGCGUGGGGACAGCAGCCUGAUCUGGCGACACACGAAGCCAAACUGAUGCAGAAGAUCCAGCUGCUGUGUGUGAUGGAGAUGACGUUCACUCGACCUGCGAACCACCGGCAGCUCACGUUCACAGAAAUCGCUCAGAGCGCAAAGAUCCCAGUCAACGAGGUGGAGCUGCUGGUGAUGAAGGCUUUGUCUGUGGGGCUCAUCAAAGGAAACAUCGACGAGGUGGAUCAGAAAGUCCACAUGACCUGGGUCCAACCGCGAGUCCUGGAUCUGCAGCAGAUUAAGGGCAUGAAGGAGCGUCUGGAUUUCUGGUGUGGAGACGUGAAGAACAUGGCGAUGUUGGUGGAGCAGCAGGCGCACGACAUUCUCACAUAAAACUCUCUCGUCUGUUUAUACUCUGUUCUGUUUGUUUACGUCUGUACAUGAAUCUGUCUCACAAUAAAUGUGCCCCACGUUUGGACCCAGACA